AUGAAAAUGAGUCGAAUUGUGGUCGUAAUUCUGUUUGUUGUGCCCUGGAUUCAGGAUGUGAGUGGCGGCUGCAGUCGGAUUCCCCAAGGCGCCAGUGGAGAACGUUCGGCUGUCGAUGAGAAUUUUAAGAUAUUGAUCGAUGGCAACCCGGAGACCUACAUACCCGAUCAUCAGUACAAUGUUUCGCUGUCGUGUCCCAUCAGUCUGAAGUUCAUCAGCUUUACGUUGGUCGUGGAGAGCGAGGAUCCUGGUGUGCCGUAUAAUGCACAGGAUGUGACGGGACACUUUGAGCUGUACGACAGUUCCGAGACGAGAUUCAGCGCUGGCUGCGAGAACAUGGUCGAGAGCACAAAUACAAAUGCCAAGACUCGUAUCGAUGUCUCCUGGAUGGCGCCCAAGCUGCCGGAUAGUGGAUGUGUCCUGAUCAAAGCGGGCAUCGUUCAACACCGCGAUGUCUGGUUCAUUGACGAUGGAUUCCUGACCAAGCGCAUCUGCCCCGAGGAGAUUGAUGAGCUGAAUAGCUUAACGCCUCCCCUACAAAAUUGUUGUGCCUGCGAUGAGGCCAAAUAUGAGAUUGUGCUGGAGCGGAAGUGGGCGCGUAACACGCAUGCCAAGGACUUUCCGCCGGAGGCGUGGCGCACACGUUUGGGCGAAAUCAUUGGGGCCUCGCAUAGUUAUAGCUAUCGCUAUUGGGCGUACGGGGGGCGAGCGAGCCAGGGCAUGCGUGAGCUGGCCGAGCAUGGAGCCACCCGUACACUGGAGCAGGAGAUUCGAGAUAAUACACAGAAUGGUGAGGUGAGGACUAUUAUCAAGGCGCCCGGCAUUGGUCAUCGUUUGAACGUCUUUGGCACAACCCUGGCGAAUGCUCGGGUCGAUCCACAGCAUCAUCAGAUCUCGCUGGCAGCCAAAAUUGAUCCAUCGCCCGACUGGAUUGUGGGCGUGGCCGGCUUAGAGCUGUGCUUGAGCAACUGUACGUGGCUAGAGCGGAAAGUAUUGAAUCUAUAUCCCUGGGACAUUGGUACCGAUUCGGGUCCAUCCUAUAUGUCAGCUGAUCAGCCGCAAGUGCCGCCAGAUGUUAUACGGCGUAUUACCUCUUCGUAUCCCAGCGAUCCUCGUUCGCCAUUCUAUGAUGAUUCCGGUGCACCAAUGAAGCCGCUUGCCACACUUUAUCUGACGAGAAAGAAGUCUUAUAUGCGCGAGUGCGAGGAGGUACCCCAGGAGGGUCCGUUGGAGUGCGCUACUCAUCCGUGGAACGAUUGGAGCAACUGCAGCACACGCUGUGGUUCGGGCUACUCGCAACGUUUUCGCAGCUACAAGAAUCCAGCGCUGGCCACCAGUUACAGCUGCGAUCGUCGGCUGGAGGAGAUGCGUCAGUGUCAGGGCACACAAUGCGGCAACGAGAAUGACCUGGGCAACGCCGCCUUCGACAAUGGAGCAUACAAUAAUCCGAAUGGACCCGAUACCAUAGCCGAGUGUGAGCUGGGCACGUGGAGCGAUUGGUCGCCAUGCUCGAAGACAUGUGGGCGUGGCAUUUCGACACGGACACGUGACUACUACAAUCCGCAGGCGAGAUCACGUUGCCAGACAGUGAUGCGAAUACCGCUCGAGGAGUCGCGACAGUGCACGGGUUCUGAUUGUGGUGGCACCAUAGCCGACCAUGGCGAUUUCGAUGGAUUAAAGCAGCCGGAAGUAUUUGGCGAGACGAGUGAGGAUGGAUAUGACAAACCCGCCUGGGGUUUGAAUGCGAAUAGAAACAGGCAGGGAUGGAACAAUAAUUUGGCAGCCGCUUCACCCACUGAAUUUCCGCGUGGUCCCUUCUCCAAUCGAGGCACUGAGGUCUAUAAUAAACCCAAUAGCUACAACGACAACAGGGAGGAAAAGGUACCCAACAACUUUAAUGAUUAUAGGCAGGAGAAUAGAGGCAACAACGAGGACUACAAACAACCCAAUAAAUUCAAUGAUUACCGACAGGAUAAUAAGCUGAACAACUACAACAAUAUCGAGCAGAGUCCGGAGUACAAUUUGCGACCGGGUUUCAGCACACGUGCUCCAUCAACUGUACGGUACGGGAAUCGACAGCCGGAUGCGUCGGGUAACUACAAUGUGAUGCAGGACUAUUGCUACGAGAAGCCAUUCGCUUCGACACAGCCCUGCCUGGCCAACCCAGUGAUUGUGCGCAACUAUUGGUUCUACGACCAUGAUGAUCACGAGUGCAAGAUCUUCACCACGGACAACUGCGAUGAGAACAACAAUCGUUUUCGCACCCUGAUGGCCUGCGAAGGCACUUGUCUGUUACCCCAAAUUAAUCUGGCACGAACCGAGGAGGGCGACACUAUGAAUCCUUAUGGAGUAGCAGCGAAUCCAUAUGGUGGAGCACCGACGCCAAUGAAUUCUUAUGGAGGAGCACCGAUGCAGGUGAAUCCAUAUGGAGGAGCUCCGAUGCAGGUGAAUCCAUAUGGAGGAGCAGCGAAUUCAAUGAAUCCUUAUGCAGGAGCAGGGAGUCCGAUGAAUCCUUAUGCAGGAGCAGGGAGUCCGAUGAAUCCUUAUGCAGGUGAUGCAGUGCGAGCAAGUGGAGGAUUCGGCGAACCCAUGUCGCAAACAAAAAACAAAUAUAACAAUGCUAUUGGUCGGCGAGGACGUUAUGGCAGCUAAGCGCAAAUUAUAUUUAAAGGGAGUUGUUUUAGCUGGUUUCUCUAUAAAUCAAGGAUUUAUGGAACUAAAAAAAGGCUUGAUUUAAGGUUUUUAGCAUUCAUUACAGAAAUGUAUUCUUAAAUAAAAGUCGUGUUAUUUGCCGUAA